AUGUAGUCCCUCGGCUAUCCUUGACGCGGGAGCAUCGUCGUUUCGAAACAGCCGCGACCUUCUCCCGUCGCGCGCGUUCCGUGAAAACGUCAAACCGACCCGACACGCUCCUCGUCACCGAGAUCUGUUUUCUCUCUCUCCUUCUCUCUCUUUCUCUCUCUCUUUCUCUUUCUGCCUCUCUCCCUCUCUCUCUCUGUCGCAGAAUCGACGAAAUUCCGACGUACCAGCAAAACCGCCGGAUCGUCGCGAUCGUCUUUCCUUCGUUCUUUUUUUUUUUUUUCGUUGUGAUCGACGCUCGGACAGAUACGGAAAGAUCCAUCGGCGCGAUCGGUUUGCGAGAGGCGGCGAUGCAGAUUGAUCGAGACAGGAUGUGUUGCAGUGACGUAACCGGUGAAUUGUGAUCCGCUCGUUGGACGCGAUCGGCCAGCGGGACAUGGAUGGAGCAUUGACGAGUACACGGUGGUUUAUGCAUUGCGCGUUCGUCGUUCGUCGAACGCUCUUGCCUUUCAUUGCCGUUUGCAUACGCGCCGAGUUUUUAAACGCGCCACCAUAAACUUGAACAGAACUCUCUUGGACAGAAGUCGAGGAUCUACCGAACUACCAACGACCAAACGUCGAGUUGCACACAGUUGAAAUGAUAAUUCACGUACAAUUGAUUCCCAGUGGAAUUCGUUGUAAUUGGUGAGCUGUAAGCUUGGCGAAGACUGAGCCGAAGAUUAAACGGAGCUCGACGAAUCGACGGUGGAUUUCGAUACUCGGAAAACAGCGGUGAGAACACAUUCGCGGUUACAUUCGCCGGUGCAUAUUGCAAGUCGGUCAGGGAAUUUCUGGCGGUAGGUCGAAGCCGAACUUCUGGCGAACAAUCGGCCGGUGGAGCAUAAAAGGCUCGUAACACUGCCGGCGCCUCGUGAACGAAAACUGGGUGACGUACGGUUAUCGUUCGCGGCCCGAUCGAACUUGGCACGAACUUCCUCCGUUCGCGAUUCGCGCUGAAUGGAACAACGAGGAUCCCGAUGUGCCGCGCGUACGCCUCGACCCGACUGAAUUUCCUCUCCGAUUGAAGAAGAGUUUCUUCGAUCCGUGAAUCCUCCAGCUGCUACGACUGGAAGCAUCUGAAAACCAACGUGUCUGGAUCUUAAGAAGACAUCUGAAGACUGAAGUUCCGGCAAAAUAUCUCACUGCCCGUUCGAGAUCCUUCCAAUUUUUACAUUAUCACGUGAAACACGUAUCGUAGCUUUUAAACGAAGAAUUCAACGAGAACGUUGUUCGAGUGAUCUUUUCACGCGUAACUGGCUGGCAGCGACAAACCCUUUUGGAAUUUCACGGUACGUUGAAGGUGAAAAGGCGGAUCGGUAGGUCGCCCGUUUGACCGAGUUUUGCGAAACAGCGUUCUCAAAACUCUUUUCCCAAAAACCGUGUUCCGCGGUGUCGCGUCUGGCUGACGUUGGUAAAUAAACCGGACAUUGGACAUCUCGGAAGAAAGUCGAGAGAUUCGACGCUGGAACGCGAGCGGAAUAAUUGAAUCUCGAUCGAGCGAAAGGCCAGAGAGAAAGAGUUUUGACGGAUAAGGAGAAGCUGGACACACAGACGAUUGACGGAAGGAUGCAGCAGCGGCGGCGGGAGAAAUCGCGAGAAAGAAUGAUCGAUGGAACGUCUAGCACGCCGGGGGAAAUUACUUUAACGAGUGUUGCCUAAUGCAUUGCGAACGACUUGGCGGCGGGCGAGAGGCAUAAAAGCGUCGACGGUGUGCUGUGCCCUUUCUCCCUUCGCCCGCGCGAAUCUUAACCAACGCUGCUGCUCUAGCCUCGACGAAACACUCGCGCCGUUAAUUACAUUCAUUAAGCGGGGUUCGCGCGGUACACGCGCUCGCGUUACGUUACAUUUUCAGCCGCAACUCUCCGCCACCGGAGAAUAACACCGCUGCUGAAUUCCUCGACGGUGCCGCCCGAAACGCUCCCCGUUGCACCGGGAGAGAGAGAGUUUCUCGUUUCCCCAAACGAGGGGGGAACAGAGGCAGGGUGAAAACGCCCGAGCGAGGGCGAACGAGGGAAAGAAAGAAAGGAAGAAAGAAAGAAGAGGGAAAAAAAGAAACACGCGAGUGAAAUUCGGGUCAAGUUGCAACACGGCGUGAAACAGUGUGUGGAAAAGGACUUUGUGAUUUCGGCACGUUGAAUUUGGUUUACGAAAAAAACGUAAUCGAAGGACGUGUGUGUGUGUGUGUGUGUCAGUGACGUUUGGAAGUUUCGGCGCGAUCGUUUACCGGAGGAGAUAUCAUGACGCUGUGAGCUCGGAAGUGACCUCGGAUCGGCCGGAAGAAAGAGGAUCGUUCGGGGGAGAAGGGAAACGAUCGUUUUGCGAUUCGCGGUGAAAGACGACAGCGUUUGAAGUGAAAUGUCACCGGGAUCGAAAGACUAUUGCCAGCAGCAGUGCUAGCGAGAACUGUCGUUGCCGUGUGAGGAUGCGCGAUUCGGUGAAACGUUGUUGAAAUGUUGUCGCGUGUGAGAUAGUAUAUAUCAAUAUGUGAAAGAACCUCGCCGAGGAUAAGCGAUGUCUACUUCUCUUCCCAUACUCGUCUGUUUUAUCAUUUCUUUUGGUGGUAUAGCGUCAUGUAUAAGAAAUUUUCGAACCGACUUUCUGGAGGAAUGGCCGACUCCUGGCACGGGACCCCAUUUCGACACCACGAUGCAGUCGAAUUUCACAGGACUCGUGGGGAAAACCGUGCAUCUAGUAUGCAAAGUGAAAAAUCUCGGAAAUCGCACGGUUUCCUGGGUGAGGCAUCGAGAUAUACACCUGCUGACGGUUGGUCGUUACACGUACACGAGCGAUCAGCGUUUCGAGGCGUUGCAUCUCCCUCACGCCGAAGAAUGGACGUUGAGGAUACGAUAUCCACAGCGGAAGGACUCCGGGAUUUACGAGUGCCAAAUAUCAACGACACCGCCUAUCGGUCAUCCCGUUUAUCUAACGAUAGUCGAACCGGUUACCAUCAUCGUCGGAGCUCCCGAUUUAUUCGUGAAUAAGGGUAGCACCAUUAAUCUAACUUGCGUCGUGAGGUACGCUCCGGAACCACCGCCCAUGAUGAUUUGGAGUCACAACACCGAGGUAAUUAACUUCGACUCGCCGCGUGGCGGCAUUAGCCUGGUGACGGAGAAGGGCCCCGAAACGACGAGUCGUUUAAUGAUCCAGAAAGCGGUGCUGAGCGACUCCGGGAUCUAUACCUGCGAGCCGAGCAACGCAAAUCCCAGCAGCAUCAAGGUGCACGUUGUCAACGAAGAACGGCCGGCCGCGAUGCAUCACGGUGAUGGGAGUUCGUCGUACGCCGAGACACGGCCAAUAUGUUUUAUAAUUUUAAUAGUAGCUAACGUAAUAUUUGUAUAAGAGGAACGAAAGGAUACACGGAUGGGGAGGAUGAGAAAAAAAAAAAAAAGAAAAACGAGAGAAAUAGAAAAGAAUGGAAUACCCGAUACGAGAUAAUACUGCGCGAUUUCACUUUCAAAUCGCAUUGCCUAUGAUCGAUAACAUUCUUUCGGUGAAUAUUUCGGCGCAGGGUAAAACCGAAUAUUACCUAUAUUUACAAUUAAAUUCCCGUGACCAAGGAAGUUUUCGAAUAUCAGCACGGCACAAUAAUCGGUAAGAACGUAGUAUUUUGUUAAGAUAUAUCAUCAAGAACGAAUAAACUUACGGCGUCAAGAAUUUAUUGUAUUAUUUGUAAAUAAAUUUAUUGUAUGUACAUAUCAAUAAAACGAUUGUCUUUA